AUGACGAACUUGGCUAAGCUUGAAUAUGCUGCCCUGGACAUUACCGGGAAGAAUUACCUUACUUGGGUACUUGAUACCAAGAUCCAUCUGGAAGCAGGGAAUCUUGGAGAUACCAUCAGGGAAGAAAGCAGCUCAUCUUCUCAAAAUCGGGCGAACGCUAUGAUCUUUAUUCGCCGCCAUCUUGAUGAGGAUUUCAAAUCAGUGGCGGAGUACAAUUCUGCGUUGUUCAGGAUUACCUCUCAGAUGAAGCUCUGUGGGGAUACCAUUACUGAUGAAAUAUUGCUGGAAAAGACUUACAGCACAUUUCAUGCCAAUAACAUGCUCCUGCAGCAGCAGUAUAGAGCGCGAGGCUACACUGAAUACAACUAG